AUGGCAUUUACGUGUGAGGCCGUGAUAGCCACCAGCAAGUUCAUACUUCAUACUCAGCAGCACCAAGAAGCUCCCAGUGAGUCUAGAAUGGAGAAUACCUCUUCUCUUCUUCACGACCUCAUUCAGUUAUCUGCACCAGUUCGAGAAGCUCUGUUGAAAACGCACUAUACCCCUCCAGAAGGUUCAAAUGUCUCCAUCAAAUCAUUGCUCGUGUCUCUUCUGUCUCCCGGAAAGUCUCUAUCNUUAUCUGCACCAGUUCGAGAAGCUCUGUUGAAAACGCACUAUACCCCUCCAGAAGGUUCAAAUGUCUCCAUCAAAUCAUUGCUCGUGUCUCUUCUGUCUCCCGGAAAGUCUCUAUCGAACCCUAACAUCUCCGAAACCGAAAUAGACAUCAAAAUCAGAGACUUCAGCUUAUGCUGUGCCGCAUUGGCUUCUUCCGAAGCCUCAACAUACGAACAACUCUCAUGGAUCCCCAAUUCAGUCCCAGAACUGGCAAGUUCAUCUUUUCGAGAGCUCUCUAAAGCUUUUUCUGGCAGUUUGAAUGCGAAACCAUUGACGAAGUUCAGUGAAUUGGGUUUGGAUUUCGAAUUGGUGCCCGAUGAGAAGAAAUUGUUGAUUGAGUUGAUGCCUCAAGUGUUGCCUUUACUGAAAGAUAGAAUUAAGGAGAGUUCGAUUGAUAAAUCGAAGGACACUGAUGAGAUAUCGGCUGCCACAGCUAGGGUUCCCGUUGCUUAUGCAGUUGUCGCUGCUUAUCAGUUCAGAUGGUUUGUUACUCAGAUUAAGUAUCCCUACUUGGGAAAGCUGUGCUCUUUGGUGAUACCUUGUGCACUGAAUGCUCUUGAUCACUGGUCAACGGAAGUGAAGGGGCAAGGGAUGAUUAGCUUUAUACAUCUUGCAAAAAACGUGAAUGCUGCUGAGCUUGGUUGGUACGAAGAUGUAAUUCUUGAUGCUUGCUGCCAAAAUAUUGCUUCAAGUGACGAAAUAUGGGACUAUGUGGUUGAGAUGUCGGUGCUUUUAGUGACUUUUAUUCAGCAAAGUAAUCCCCGUAGUUCAUGGUACGAAAAGUUGCUAAAUGAGAUGUUAAGUCAUUUAGAGAGACAACCAAGAAAUAAGGACCGGCGCACUGCAUGGCUUAAACACAUUGAACCACUUCUCAAUAGUAUGGGUCUUGUGUUGUUAGCUCAUUUCAGGCGUAUUUUUCCUCUUUUCUACCAGUGGAUGCAUGCUGACGAUGAUGCCACUGUUCUGCUGGUUCUUGAACGGGUAAAUACAGUUAUAAAGAUGACGUGGAUAAGGAAUUCACCAUAUAUUGAAAGGUUGGUAGAUGAACUUGUCAUUCUAUACAAAGAGGCGGCACUGAAAAUUGCUCGGGAAAAUAUCAGAGUUCUUGUUUUUCAGAUACUAACCUUGCUCCAGAAUUGCAAAGGCCCUCAGUUUGAAGCAGCUUGGGACAAACACAAGGAUGAUCCGAACUUAAAAGCUCUUGGGCCAUCCUUUAGCGGAAGAAAUACUGCUAUGGUAAAAGUCUCCUCGGUUUCAUGACAAUGACUUUCCAUAACUAAAUCUGAAUAUCUGUGGUGGGUCUCUAAUAACAUAGAGUGAUCAGGUUCCCCAACGCUCCCCAUAAUCAUGAAUGGCAACAACACUUGCACAAUAACCUCCUUUCUGGGCACAUUAAUGGCUUCUCCUGUGAGCAUGUGAAGAAAAAUGAAUUCCCGACCUGAAGUAAGCUUAAUGGGAUUACCUUCUUAAAGGUAGUUCGGUGAUCAUACAGAAUGUUCUUAAGAUUUUUAGUUGCCUGAGCACGAUAGUCCAAAGGAACGUCUGGUUUUGAUGUGAGCCAGUUUUGCAGAUCCAUAUACCCUUGUACAGUGGUUAAAUCACCUAUUUAUUAAGUACUGGUUUUUUUUCUUGUAAUGUUUCGAAUACGCUGGUAACUCUAUGGUAGUUGUGUUCCUCACUAGUUUUUUCUCCCAGUUGGGAAUAUAUGUCUUUUUUCUCGGGAUGAAGAUGGGGAAUUCCAAUCACUAGCUAUUUGUUAUGCU